UUUCAUAAGCAACUUUGUUUCGGAGGCGACAUUAUGCUCCUCACACGCCGACAGCUAAGCUCAGAACGUGGGAGUCCAAGGGAGUGGAGCUGGUGAGCGAUUAGGUACCUGAAGCAUCGUGGGAGACAGAGCACACUGCAGGUGUCGCUCUCUUCUGUGCAGGUCCACCUGGCCCUCUUCUUGCCAGACUUUUCUUCUCAGCACGGGCGGUGGGAUCCAAUAUGCUCGGGAAGAACGCCCAGCGGAUAUCAAGCUCAAAGUCUGUGUUCUAUGCCCCAGCGGCGGACGUGGAGGAGGUGCGCACUGGACACCUAAUCAAAUCUCCUCCAGCUGGCCGUUUCAAGUCUCAGAAAUCCUGGAAGAGGAGAUUCUUUGUGCUGUUUAAAACCAGCUGGGGCACACAUCUGCUCAAAUAUUACCGCAGUGAGGACGAGCGGGACAAAGCGCAGGGGGUCAUCGACCUCUCUAAGAUCUCAACGAUUUACCCUGCCCCAGAGAAUCAAAACAGGUGGGAGUGGAUCCACAAAACCUUCAAAUGCCUCCCCGACUGUGUGCUCUACAUCCAUGCCAAUGACAGAGACUAUUACCUCAUCAGCGAGAGAAAGUUCGAAGUGGAUGGAUGGUUCAGUGACAUCCACAAGGCGCUAAGGAAUCUCUAUUCUAAAGAAGACCUGAGGAACCGCUCUGCCUCUGCACCAAGCAACAGCAUCUCUCUCGCUGAGCAUCAGGCAUCUAACAAGACUGGAAACAUGCGACCUGCAUCCUGUCAAGAGAUCAAGGCACAAGAAGAUGACCGACAGUCACACUACGACACGCCCAAGAGUGUCCUGGAUAUCAUGUCUCAGGGAAAUGAAGAGGAUAAUGAUGAUGAUGAUGAUGAUGAUAAUGAUGAUGAUGAUGAUGAUGAAGCUGAGGAAGAGGAGAGUUUUUACAUCAAAAUGGACAGAGUGUACGAAAUGCUGGAGGGUGAGGAGCAGUUAUAUGAGAAUUAUCCAAUGAAGCAAGAGAGCCAAUCCUUGUCAUCUGUCACCGAGGAGACCAAGAGGAUGAAGAUAGUGGACCCGCAGGUUAACAAUGGAGGAUGGUCAGACAGCUGGACUGAAGAGAACAUCACAGAAGACAUAGCAGAUCCUUUGUCUCUAUCCAAAACUGACAUAAAGCAGAGAGACCGGCCCCUAAGUCAGGAGGCCUGUGAAAAGUGGCAAGAAGAGCUAGAUGGAAAUAAAAUCCCCAUGCAGAAAGACAUUUCAGUGGACCUGAGUGACCUGAAGCACCAUCUGAAGCUGGAGGACGCUGAUGGGACACCCUGUGUCAGUGAGUGGAGCCCCCACUUUGGGUCAACCUGCCUCUUCCACAAGGGUGACCAGAUCCUAGCUGUGAAUGACAUGAAAACAGACUGUGCGGCUGACUUGCAAAUGUUUCUGGGCAAGCUUCUGAAGCAAAAGGUCACAGUGACCCUGCUCAGGUUCCCGGGCUCUUCGGGCUUCCAGCCUGGCAGCUGCUCCUGUAAGUAAGGCGAGGACUUGCCACCCUGGCCCCUCCACUCCAGUGUGAGAUGGACUUCAGGGGGAGUCAGAGGUGAUCCGCAGCCCCAGAAAGGCAGGCAUGGCAGACGAAGGGCAUGUACAGGAACCACCUUCGUGUCAUUGUGGACAGAGAGUGGCACGAGACUGACUGCAUUCUACAGCCUGGUUUAAGCAGCUGUGAAAUUAUGAUCAAAUGUAAAAAUAUAUAUAUGUAUAGAAAACAGAGAUGGAAAUCACCAGUGACCACCCAUAAGAUUAGCAUGAUACCUAGGUGCCGAUUCGAUAUGUAUCGCAUUUCUAUGAAUAUCCCAAUUUGAUACUAUGAUUUGUUUGAUUUUUUUAGAAUUUUAAAACCUUGAACCAGGAAAAAAAUAGUCUUACCACUUAAGCUUUACUCAGUAACUGCACAACUGAGUUGAACAUGAGGAAACACACAGCACGCUCCAAACGAUUUUCCUCCUCAAAACCCAUAGAGCAUUUAAACAAGGCGAAACAAGCGUUUGUGCUUCUUCACUGCCUUGUCUCAGGAUGCAAUAUGUGCCUGUACGUUCCUCACAUUAUCACAACGCGUAACUUACACAGGACAAAGUUUGCAUACAGGAUGGCUCAUGUCCAACUCCACUUUACCAUUUAAAUUUUGAAAGCCAAAGGUCCUCGGUACUUUGGAUUUAAACUGUGCACCAUUCUUGUCAUUGCUUAAAGUUAGGAAAUAAUUGGCUCCUACUCCACAGUACCGUGUGCUGCCUGUCAAUGUGGGGAGAGUUUAGAGUGCACCACCUGUAGGAUUGCAGAGGAACUGCAACAUUUCUCCACCACAAAUCCAAAGAUAUAAUUUAUAAAAAUUAAAUAAAAAUAAAUAAAAAUUAAAAUCAGAUUUCAGAGGUAGUGUGGCGAAACAUGAAUCAUCCCACAAAAAACACGACACAAUCGAUUCAGCAACCACUAUUAUAAACACUGUUAAGAAGCAUUUUCAAGCUAAAACGGAAGAGGGCCGAAGCUCAUGGGGACCCUGAUGCCUUUUGAUUGGCUGGCAGAUUCACCAACUCCCAGCUUCCAAUGGGGCUUCCUGCUCCUGAUGACAUCAGUCAUCCAAACCCCACUCACUUCUCAUCCAUGUAACCCUGCCUCCAGCGUCUUAUCAUAGCAACAUAGUGUUGGUCCCUUUUCUUGCCCUUUAUACCAUCACUGUCAAUAUCUUGGCACUGCUUCCUGUAAAGUUAAUAAAGGUUUGAAAUGUG